AUGUCAAACUCAAUCUACCAGACAAACGGCAAGCCGUUGUCUCAGCAGGCACUUUACCAACAAAAACUUAAGCAAGGAAUUUUUGGUGGCCCAGGUGCCCCAUCUAUUGGAGUGAAUACCAAUGCCUCGGAUACUGCUGCUCUCUUAGCUGCUUCGGCUGAUUUGACAGUGAAGCCUUCCUAUGAACGGACCAUUGCCCUGGAGGCUCAAACGGCAGCAUUAGCUGCUAGAAAGGAGGAAAUACGUAUAUGGACGAGAGACCAAGUUUCACCGUAUGCUGAUGCUGCAGCCUCGAGCUCAUUGAGCAACUCUAAAGCUACUACAACCCUGAAACCUGUCUCUUCAUCAUCGACGCUCAAUAUCGAAAAGAUUAAUCAAGUUGCUAAUGCAAAUUCCACUAAAUCUCUAAACUCUAGAUUCAAUCCAGAAUUGGAUUACAGAUCUGGCCUUAAGAGACAGAAGCCAGCCGAAUUUUUAACUGAGAAGGAGGAACAUUUAGCUGAAGAAGGUGCUUUAGCAUCUUUAAAACAUGGUGCUGGUUACUCUAAUCAAGUUUCGUCACAGAGAAGGAGCCAGUCAUUUCAAGCCUCAGAUAUUGUGAAUGCGAAGCUUUUAGCCGCUGCAAAUAGCAAAGCUAAUGAAGCGUUGAAAUCCUUUGAGGUCUCUCCUGAUGAUUUUAAAGCAAAAGCUCAGGUUUACGCUCAUGCGUUAGCGGUUGCUCAGAAGAACAGCGAAGAGCGGAUAAAAAACAAUAAGAUAGGCAUUAUUAAUUUGGGAGGUGGCCUAACAAUGACCCAAUCUGAAUUGGAUAAAAUGGCUACUUUGAUCGUACAGCCUGUUUUGAAAGAUCUUUCAACAAAAGCUGAAGGACAAAGAGAGUAUGAGAAGACGUUCAAGCAGAAAUUUGAGGAAUUAACUGAGAGAUACAAUAAAUCAAAAGAAGUCGAAGUGCAAAAGAAAAGUCAAGAAAGAGCAGAUAUUGAACUCGCAAAAAUGAGCAGGACCAAAGCUAACGAUGACAGGAAGAAAGAUCUCGAUAAAGAAUACUUAGAAUUUCAGGAUAAUAGAAACAAUGAAGUUGAGCAGAAGACCGCAGAGUUGAAGGACUUAGAAUUGAAAUACGCUGAAGAGAAGGAAGAACUUUUAACUGAAAAGCAAGCUGCGCAAAAUCGAAUUGAAGAAGAGGAAGCCAAACUUAUAGAUGAACGCAAAACUGAGUUAAAGGAGCUGCAAUCGGAAAAGGAUGAGAUUUUGAGGCCGACGUUGGAUAGCUUAAAGGAAGAAAGCGCAAAAUUGAAAGAACUAACAGACGCAAGAGACGCACUUCAGAGUGAAGUAACGAAAGGAGAAGAUCUCAACAAAGAGUAUGAGGCUAACUUGAAAGAGCUCACUGAAAAUUUGGAAUCGACUAAAGCAGAAAUUGAGAAAUACACUGCUGACUUAGAGGCUGCGGAUAAAGAAUACGAGGAAACAUCAACUCAGGUUGACGACUUGCAUCAGCAGUCAUCGGAUGAAUUACAGAAGGCGAACAAUUCUCACAAAGAUUUGGAUGACAAAAUAGCUUUGCUUACAAAAACUAAAGAGGAAAAUUUGGCUAAAAAGAAUACUCAAAAAGAAGAAAUUAAAAAUCAAAUCGAUGAGAAAGUAAAGGAGGAACAUAAAAUCAACGAUGAAUUACCUGAACACUUAAGAAAAAAUAUCGAUGAGAAAAAAUUGAGAGAUACGGGCUCGUUGUUUUCCGUGGAAGAACCAUCUGUAAAAGAGGUUCCAUUGGUCAACAAGAAAGAAACCGAGGUUCUGAAGCCACAAGAGGAUGCUUCCAACCCGAAGUCCACCGCUGCCAUUAAAUCUGCAACGAAGAGCCCCGCGAAGACUACACCUCUAGCUUCUCCUGAUGCUAAAAAGUCGGGACAUUUUAAAAGAUUUACUAAGUUUUUGAGAUCCCCAACAAAAGAAAAGAGUGCUGUUUCUCCGAAGAAGGAAGUGUCGAAGCCAAGCCCGGUUGCUGCUGUGAAAAAGGAUACCAAAGAAGCGGUAGCGGUAACCGCUGAACCUUCUAAAGCCGCAGCAACUAAACCUGUGCCCAAAGAUGGCUCGAAUUCAGAAGUUAGCAAUGACUUCGAUGAUGACAUUUCUUUGGCCAAGAGCAAGAAUCAAGGCGGUGUAUUUAAGGAAGAAAUUUAA